AUGGUCGACAUUGCGACAAGUAAGCAGGACAACGCCGUGACUGUAACAGAUGUCUAUGAACUACUACAAUUCCUUAACCCUGACUACCUAGGUGGUGUAGUGACUAGUAUUGACGGCUGCACAUCGCUGGAGAAACAAUACCACCUACGGUUUUUCCUUCGUCAGUUGCAACCUGAAUUACCGAAGUUCGCUGGCGUUCACAGGCACUGCUCGCAGGUUGCUCGACACGAUUUAGACACGGUCAUGUUAACUUUACAUUUCGUCGUAGGAAGUGUUAACUCUACCAAUUCUAGAAACGAGACC